AUGGAGGUGGAUGGGUACAAACUUUGGUUUUCGGGCAAGUCGAGGUAUAGGAAUGGAGUAGGGAUCUUAGUAGAUAGAAAGCGUACAGAUCAGGUGGUAGAGGUUAGGAGGAUCAAUAAUAGGAUAAUGACAAUUAAGUUAGUCAUUGGAGGGCUCACCUUGAACAUUAUUAGUGCCUACGCACCGCAAGUAGGGUUGGAAGAGGAGAUAAAAAGGCGCUUUUGGGAGGAUUUGGACGAAGUGGUGGUUAGUAUACCGCCUACUGAGAAGCUAUUCGUAGGAGGAGAUUUCAAUAGGCACAUUGGGUAUGUUUCGAUGGGCUAUGGCGAGGUGCAUGGAGGAUUUGGCUUCGGGUGCAAGAAUGGUGGAGGAGCCUCACUCCUGGAUUUCGGAAAAGUUUUUGGAUUAAUGGUGGCCAACUCGAGUUUCCCAAAGAAGGAGGAGCACUUGGUAACCUUUCGUAGCUCGAGGACGGUGAUGUAA